AAGAUGGCAGCUCCACCAGGACCAAACUCAAACAUUUCAGAAACAAACAUAAACAAGUCAGAAGUAAACUGCGCUGUUUGUGGUAAAGGAGAAAGAAUUAUGAAAGUGUGCACUCGCUGUCGGUGUUCUUUUUACUGCUCAAGAGAAUGCCAAAUAAAAGAUUGGGCCCUGCACAAGGCGGUUUGCAAACAUAAGGAGUCAACUCCGCCAGUCACGUCGCCUUCCCAAACUCUCACAAAUGACGUGGCCGAGGAGAAAACUGACUGCCAUUCACCGUCUACAACCCUAGAAAAUGCUGUACGCCAAACAGACUCUGCAGACCAUCAACAAGAACAACAGAGUAGGCUUCCAGGGCCUUCAAACAAUGACAGUCCUACGAAAGAGCUUAGCCCAGUAAUACCUGAUAGAACAUGCAAGAUUAUCGUCAAAUCCCAGCAAGGCAAACAUUCCGUUCAAAUGAACAUGGACUGGGACGGUCAGCAAAUGCUAUCACACAUCUGCGCAACCAUCCGUAUUCCAGCCGAGAAACUAAAACUGGUGCACAAAGGAAAACUCGUGAAUGAGAGUAACGCGAUGGCGUUCGUUAGAGAGAGGGCGGUAUUUCAGGCCAUUGGUGAAGCGGCGGAGAACGAGGAGGGAUUGGAACCAUCGCAUAUUGAUCGCGUUGUCUCCAAGCUCGGUGUGAAUCGUAACGAUGCAAUCCGAGCCCUUAGACUCACUGGAGGAGAUGUAACUGACGCUAUUCUCUACCUCGCAAAUAAAUAACGAGAUUAAGUCUCCAUUGAACAAUGUGUAGAACGCCACCCCUCAACAGUUAACCAUGAAGUCGUUGAGGUAGG